GGAGCAACAAUAAGACGUGACGAAGAGACGGGAGCCAUCAUUGUAGCACGGAUCAUGAGAGGAGGGGCAGCAGACAGAAGUGGACUGAUUCAUGCUGGGGAUGAACUGAAGGAGGUCAAUGGGAUCCCUGUGGAYGACAAGAAACCAGAAGAAAUCAUUCACAUGCUGGCCAUCUCACAAGGAGCCAUUACUUUUAAAGUAGUUCCUGGUAUAAAAGAAGACACCCAAAUCAGGGAGCCAAAGGUGUUUUUGAAAGCCCUCUUUGACAAUGACCCUAAAAAAGACAGCUCCAUCCCAUGUAAGGAAGCUGGACUGGACUUCAAGAAGGGCUCCAUCCUUCAGAUCAUGAGCCAAGAGGACGCCACGUGGUGGCAGGCCAAACAUGAGGGGGACGCCAACCCUCGUGCUGGCYUGAUCCCGUCCAAACAGUUCCAGGAGAGGAGAUUUGCACUACGACAGCCCGUUACAACUCUCCCAGUCCAGCGGACGAUGAGCAGGAGAUCAUCUGGAUUCAGGAGAAGCUUCCGUCUCAGUAGAAACAGAAAAACCAACAAGUCCAUGUAUGAGUCCAAGAAGAGUGAAAUGUACGACAUGGCUGACGUGCCCACGUACGAGGAGGUUGCCUCGUACCGCCGGCAUAGUGGAGCUAAACACAGACUAGUGGUCCUAGUGGGUCCCACAGGAGUCGGCCUGAAUGAACUCAAGAGGAAGCUGUUGAUCUCUGACCCCCAGCACUACAGUGUGACCAUCCCAC